UUCACCACUUAUCCAAAGGAAUUCUCUUUCUUGCCGACACUUCUUCAAAUUUCUCUCAACAUCUUUUUGAUUUCUUUCUUUUCUUCUUUUUCCCCUUCCUUUCCAAUUAUUUUUCAAAUAAACCCAUUUUUGCUUAUGUAAUCUUAAUUGUCAGCAAGGCACUCCUGUCUUUAUUUUAUUAGUAAUACCAUAUUCUUUUUUAUUUUUUUUUUUCUUUUAUGGGGAUUGAAAUUAGUUGCAUUAGGUAGGGGGUGGUAAUAAUAUUUGGCGGCAUCACAUUUUAAAUUCUUUGCUGGGCUUCAAUGGCAGAUGGCUACAAAUUUUAGAUUCUAUUGGGAUUUGUUUGAAAUUCUUGAAUUUGGACCAUUCAGGGAGAAUCUGUUAAUGGGUAGCCUUCAUAAUCUCUACUGGUAGCUGAAAAAUUAUACCUAAUAUAUUGGUGGCUUCUGAUAUUUGAUUUCUUUAGCUAUUAUACUGAAAUAAUCACGUCAUGAAGUGGAUAGUUCUUUUGGAGAAUAAGUUUAUAGAACUUAUGCCAAUCAAGGAAGAAUAACAGAAUCUGCAGACGCUUUGAUAUUUUGGAAGUAAUCAAUCAAGGGGUAAUAAGGUGAAAGAAAAGAUAAAUAAAAUGCCAGCUGAGGAGGAAGCUCAAUCUAUUGAGAGAAGGAAUGUGUGUGUUGGGAUAAGAAUUGAUAACAAUAGCAGAGAAUUGCUAAACUGGGCUCUUGUGAAGGUUGCUGAAGCUGGAGACUGUGUUAUUGCACUUCAUGUUUGUCGAAAUUCCAAAGCUGCUUUGAAAAACAAGGCCUCGUUGGAUAGCUAUUUAGAAGUAUAUGAUGGCUUGUGUUCCCUAAGGAAGGUAGAUCUUAUAGGUCAGGUCUGCGAAGGAAGUUCGGUUCAGAGGACUCUGGUUAGAGAGGCAAAGGUUCAUGGUGCUGUGGCUUUAGUUGUGGGGGUCAAAAAACAAAGUGCUCUAGGGAGUUCAACUUCCACUGCUCGAUAUUGUGCUAAGCGGCUGCCUCCAACCACUGAGGUUUUGGCUAUCCACAAUGGGAAAAUCAUGUUUGGAAGGUGCAACAAUAAUCAACUACCAGGCUUCGCUGGAGAUCCAAAGCCGAGCCUAAAUUUUCUUGAAAGUCCCUUGCCAGAUGAUGUCCGGUCAGAAUUUGGAGAUUCUGAGGUAGACACUGUAACAUCUAGCUUUGAAGUGCUAACUAGAUGUGGAAGUGAAGACUUAAGGGAUGAAAUUCCUUGCCUUCCACAUGAACUUAAGAAGAGACCAACUGCUCGUUUUACCGGAGAUGUUUUGGAUCAGAGGCCUGGUUGGCCACUGCUCCGGAGAGCAAGUUCAGUUAACCCUGAGACCCUGCAGGCAAGGGAAUUGUCUGUGGUGCAAUGGGCAAUGAGUUUACCAAUGCGUUCGGGACAUAGAAAUCCUCUAGGUUCAAGCAUAGAGAAAUCAUCAGAAUGGGAGAGAAGUGACUUCUUGGAAGAGAGCCAUAGAAUUAGUUCUUAUGGGUCAGGAGAACUGCACUAUAGCUUGGAGAUUCUGCUAAAAACAAAUUUUUCUAAUUGCAAGUGGUUCAAUUACGAGGAUUUGAAAGCUGCAACUUCAAAUUUUUUCGCAGGAAACUUAAUUGGGAAAGGAGAGUGUAACAGUGUGUAUAAGGGGAUUCUUCCAGAUGGCAAGCGAGUGGCGAUAAAGAUUCGAAAGUCAUCCCCAGAAGCAAGGAAAGAUUUCGCACGAGAAGUUGAAAUAAUCUCCUCAAUGAACCAUAAGCAGAUUUUACGUCUCGUGGGGAUUUGCAUCAGAGAUGUUGAUCUUAUUUCUGUUUAUGAUUUGUUCUCUAAGGGAAGCUUAGAGGAAAACCUACAUGGUAAUAAGAAAGUCAAAUCUUUAUUGUCAUGGGAACACAGGUUUAAAAUUGCUGUCAAACUUGCUGAAGCCUUAACUUACAUACACAAUGAAUCUUCACCCCCUGUUAUCCACAGAGAUGUCAAAUCUUCGAACAUUCUUCUUUCGGAUAAGCUCGAACCGCAGUUAUCUGAUUUUGGGCUGGCAAUAUGGGGACCAACAACUUCAUCUUUUAUGACUCAAAUCGACGUAGUCGGGACGUUUGGAUAUCUUGCUCCUGAAUAUUUCAUGUAUGGAAAAGUCAGUGACAAGAUUGAUGUGUAUGCUUUUGGUGUAAUCCUACUCGAGUUGUUAUCAGGCAGAAGACCAAUUGGGUAUGAGACUCCUAAGGACCAGAAGAGCUUGGUGAUGUGGGCAAAACCAAUAAUUGAUUGUGGAAAUGCAAGAGACAUAAUAGAUCCAAAGUUAGAUAAAAACUUUGAUGAGGAUCAAAUUCAAAGAAUGAUACUUGCAGCCAAAUUUUGCAUUACAAGAUCAGCUAGGCUACGUCCUAAAAUGAUGGAGGUUUGGAAGCUCCUAAGAGGGGAUAAAGAUGCAGCAACGUGGGCGAAACUUCAUAACGAGAAUCUAGAGAAUAACGAAAACCAAGAGGGAAAUGAUGAUGAAGUUUAUCCGAAUUCUAGUGCAGAGUUACAUUUGAAUCUUGCAUUGGUUGAUUUGGAUGAUGAUUGUUUAUCAUUAAGUAGUCAUCUCUCUUUGGAGGACUACUUUAAAGAAACAUGGAGUCGAUCAUCAAGCUUCAACUAGUUUGUUUUAAUGCUCUUUUUGAAUGCUCCUUUCACUGCUUUUUUUUUUGGCAGCCAAAUUUGACACAAGCUUUGUGGAAUAUGUAGCUUGAGUUUGUACAGUACAGUAACUUUUGGGGUGGUUAAUGUAUGUGACCAUGGUGAGGGUGUUCUGUAGAUGUUCAAUUUUGGCAAGUCAUGUUCAAUGUGAUAAUAAAAGGAUCAAGAUCCAAGCCUCUA